AUGGAGGAUGAAAGGCGAGGAAAUGAGCCAAGUGUGGCUAUUACAAGAAGUCCAGACAGUAGUUCAAAUAUAACCAUUCCAAUAACACAUAUAACAACAUCUACAUUGAAAAUAAUUGCAAAUAAUGUCAACGCCAACAAUAAUAACAAUAGUAGUAGUAACAAAGAACAAGAUCGGUUCCUUCCUAUUGCUAAUGUAGGACGGAUAAUGAAGAAGGUCCUCCCAGGAAAUGGAAAGAUCUCAAAAGAUGCCAAAGAGACGGUUCAAGAGUGUGUGUCGGAAUUUAUUAGCUUUGUUACGGGUGAAGCAUCAGAUAAGUGCCAGCGAGAGAAGAGAAAGACAAUCAAUGGGGAUGACAUCAUCUGGGCAAUCACAACUCUCGGCUUUGAUGAAUAUGUGGACCCACUUAAAAGUUAUCUUAACAAAUAUAGAGAGUUAGAAGGUGAAAAGCUAAAUGUUCCAAAACAACAACGUUUAGAACCACAACAACAACAGCAACCACAACAUGACCAAAAGCCAACUUUUUCUUACAGUACUAUAUAUUCUCCCACUGCUCUUCUUCCUCAUGCUUCAUUUGUGCCAGUAGAUCAAUCAUUUCCUUUGCCAUUUUCUCCCAAUCCAAUCCAGUCUCAAUUACCUAAAAGGGAACACGUUGAUUCUAUGGGCCACUAGUAAUAACAGGAGAAACAUAAAUGAAUAUAUUUUAUUUUUUCUCGUUUAAUAUAUUUUAUGAUGUAAUGUAAUAUAGUAUGAAAUAGUAUAUAUGAGUGAAUGUCCACUUAUUUGGUAUAUCACAUAUCAUGGUCAAAUAGGAAUGAGAUUCUAUUGGUCCAACUAUUUAUCCCAUUAGAGAUUUUUAUUUUAUUUUAAUUCCAUUCGUUUCUGUAAGAUAUGGCUUUCCCCUGACAUACUGCAUUAGACGAA